AAACUCGAUUUAUUUUUAUUAAUUUAAAUUUAUUAAAUUCAUUUUUGUUUUUUUUUUCUUUUUUUUUUCUUUCUCCGCCGGGCAUUAAAUUUAAUCUUUUAAAGCUUGCCCCUCAUUUAAUUCACUUCCUCAUCCAAUCUUUCAAAUCCUUUUCCCUUUCGAUCCUUAUCCUGAUAUUUUGGCCUUAAUUUUAUUCAUAGCGCUUAUUGUGUGAGGAUCCCGUUCAAUCCACAUUUUAUGGCUCAUCUCUGACUCAUCGUCUAGUGAUCAUCAUGUCUCAACCCAAUCCUUACAUUCUGGCCUGCGACAAUCCAUCCGCGGUGUUGACUCUCUUACGUUCCGACCCGUCCAUCGCCUCGAACCAAGAUGAGCAUGGAUACUCCCUCCUCCACGCCGCUGCAUCCUACAACCACAUUGACCUUCUCCGCGCCCUGGUCAAGGAAUUCCACGUCAACGUGAACCUGCUCGACGAAGAUGCCGAAACCUGUCUGUUCGUGACCGAGACCGUGGAGAUCGCCAAAUGCCUCGUCGAGGAGUUGGGCGUCGACUACCACCACACGAACGAUGAGGGUAUCACCGCUCAGGAGUCCAUCGAGGCCGACGGGUCGUUCCCUGAUGUUGCUGCCUAUCUCCGCCAAGUGAUGGGUCUGCCGCCUGCUCCGGUGCAGGACCAGGUCGCGGACUCCUUGAACCCCGCUCCGCCAUUGCCAUCCAAUAUCAAGGUGAACCUGGGUACGGUGUCGGAGCAGGAGGCAAAUGCUGGCACCGACCAGGUGGAUCCGGAGUUCAAACGGAGGAUUGAUGAAUUGGCGGCCCGGGAGGACUUCCAGAGUGAAGCGACACAAGCUCAGCUCCGGGAGCUGGUGAUGGAGGCCAUUCGGGGUUCCAAUGUUGAUACUCAGGAUCGGGAGGUCCGGCGCAGAAUGGACUAAGCCAGACUGAGGGAAGUUCGUAUCAAUGGCAAGGCUGCUCACUGCCUCGGGGCGUCCUCGUUGUUCGGCCGGGUGUCGACUACAUGGAUACGCGGUGAGAAACCGGUUGAAGC